AUUGCAACAAUAAUUGUUAAGAUCGGAUUGGCAGCACUGUGCCCACUUGUCACAAGUGACAGCGUGUCAAUUGUUUAAUAAAUAUUUUUUUAUCAAAAACAACCCCAAAAUGCCACAGGUGACUUCAGUUAUCGCCAAAUUCUUCAAUGAAUAUAAUUCAAAAACCCCGAAGAAGCUGAAAUGUAUUGACGCUUAUUUGUUGUAUAUUUUGUUAACCGGUAUCGUUCAAUUUGUUUAUUGCUGUCUUGUGGGCACUUUUCCGUUUAAUUCCUUUCUUAGUGGAUUUAUCUCUUGUGUCAGUUGUUUUGUCUUGGCAGUGUGUUUAAGGCUACAAGUGAACCCAGAAAACAAGAAUCAGUUCGCCGGAAUAAGCCCGGAAAGGGGCUUUGCUGACUUUAUUUUCGCCCAUGUGGUCCUACAUUUAGUUGUAAUGAACUUCAUUGGUUAAUUAUGUAUUUUGUAAAAUGAGAUAAUUUCAAUAAAUUACAAAAAAAAUA